CUCGUCAGCCGUCAGCCUUGCCAAGCUUUUCAUUUGCCAGCUGUAAAUGGUACUUUUUUUUCUUUUCUAUGGGCUUCUGGCAACGCGUGAAUUACUCAAAAAGAAAUACAAAAAAAAACUUCCAAGCUCUUACGUCAUCAACGAGCUUGUCUGCCUGUCUAUCCGCAUGUCUGGCAUUUAUGUUUGUUUGCUUUUGCCUCGCUCUCUCGCUCUCUCACUCUGCCGCUCUCUCGCUCUCGCUCGCUCAUGCUGUUUCGUCGCGUUGCUUUCUAUGCAAAAACCGGCAUUAAGCUGCGUGCGUCGACGUCGCUGCCAGGCGCUCAGCUGUUGGCCGCACAAGGCGCGCUCGAAGCGAACUGCGCAUAACAGAACCAAAGCUGGUGCGAGAAAGUUGUCGUUGGCGCGCGCGCUUUGCAAAAACUGUGAAAAAAAAAUAAAUUCAAACUUGAAAAUAGAAGGAAAAAAACAUAACUAUUUUGCUGCCAUGCCCCAAAGCAACAGCAAGCACAGUGCCAAAAAUUUACAGUACGAAAUCAAAAAACAAUCCAUGAGAUAAACAACAACAAUCAGAGAAAAAGCACACAAAACAAACUGACAAAUUGAAACAUAAGACACAGCAACAACAACAACAACAACAACAACAAAACGUCCAGAAACCGAAGCAGAGAGAUUUAACGAGCCAGCAGCAUGUUGAUUACGUCCGUUGUGGUGUGCCAGGUGGAGAAAUUGCUCUGCACGCCCAUCAGCUUUGCGGUAUUCGCGUUUCUGUUCAUGGCCUGCACCAUGGAGGUGGUGCUGCUCAAGCUGACCACCAGUGCACACAUCUUUGGCCGUCCGCCCAAUCACGACGAUUGGGACGAGGGCAGCGAGUACGAGGAGGAUAUCUACUAUGAGAAUCUCGAGAACAACUACGAGCAUUGGGCGCGCAGGCGUAUGCGUUAUCAUCAGCGACAACAGCAGCUGCUACAACAGCAACAACAACAACAACAACAACAGCAUCAGCAGCUGCAGCAACAACAACAACAACAACAACUUCUAUAGGGAUAUUGCCCGUUCUAUAAUGUACAUAUAUUCGACUGAGUUUUCUGCAAUUUAGCCUAAGCCAAAUUUCUACAAA